GACGAGGUAGCGAUGAUGCCAACGUUGUCAAGAGUUUUCUGCUGAGGCGAGUGUCCGGACUUCGGAUGAGAGCUAUUUGCUAGCCCUGUCCUGACGGUUUUGAGAGCUUCUUAUGAAGCCAGAAAGCAUCCGGCGUCGUAGGCUAUAUAGACUGCGUCGCCUUAUUGCUUGAAGACCUUCUAUCGUGGAGGAUCACGGAUAUUACCGUCGAGCUCGUUCGAUGGAAGGUAUGCCGACGGGUAAAGUCGUGCUUCUGCGAUACUCGGGCCCACGAGUUAAGUUCAAUGCCAUUGUUGUGAUAUGAACGUUUCAGUGUUGAUAUCGUUUCUUUGACCGGCCUCUUGAGUAAGUCGGAUUUGCAAAGCGCCAUGUCGAGACUCAAGAACAUCGUCUCCAUCAUCCUUCCCCUGGUUCCAUUGCUGCUGUACAGUCAAUCCGAAUACCUUUUGAGGUUGGCAGGUCGUGUGCACAUCGACAAGGCUCGACUUGUUCGCUGGGAGGAUAGCACCGCCCUAAACUCCGGCGAUUGUCAAGUGAUACAUGAUGCGAAUGCCUGCGAAGAUGUCAAAAUUCACUACGCAUCUUCAACAGCAUUCCUAGCGUGCGGGGAUCCCUUUGAGCGAACACAUUGGUAUCCUUGUGCUGGCGUUCGUAUACCGUCUCUUCGAGCGGAGUCGUCGUUUCGGGAGCAGCUGUUCAAGCACGAUAUAAAGACAGGCAAGACCACGGAGCUAGAGCUACGAGGUUUUGAAGGAGAUUUUAUCACCCAUGGUAUCGACAUCUUCCCAAUUGAUGAAGGCUUUUCGAAGAUUCGCAUCUUUGCUGUCAAUCAUGCUCGGGAUGGAGACUCUAUCGCGAUAUUUGAUCAUGAGUUAGGGUCUGAUGCUGUUGAUCUGGUGAAAAACGUCAAACAUCCCAACAUCAAGACAGCAAAUGGGGUGGCCGCCGUCGGACCAAUGGAGUUUUACCUUACCAAUGACCAUUACUUCGCUGGCGGGCCUGGUCGUACGUUCGAGGAAACUUUCGGACCCUGGAGCUGGGCCACACACAUCCAGUACUGCGAGGCCGCUUCCGAGGACGUGUCUUGCAGACAAGUCACAGGGACCUUCCCAGGUGCCAAUGGUAUCAACGUAUGGAAAGAUCGACUAUUCAUCGGAGAUUCGCAAAACGGAACCUUGAGGAUAUUCGACAUUCACGAUGACAAGAAUGUUACCCAGCUUCAAAUGAUCGACCUUGGUGCUGCGGCAGACAACAUCAACAUACUGCCGACGACAGGAGAUCCAAUCGUUGCAGUGUUUCCAACUCUCGAGGAUCUGCCGAAAUACCUGAGAAAUGUGAAGUCUUUGGGAAAGGAACUGCUGGUGCCUGCUGCAGCGCUUCGGUUGGACUCUGCAAAUGAUUAUGCUCCUUCUCUGGCCUAUUUCAACGAUGGUUCUGCCAUCAGUUUCAUGACAGCUGCGGCAGCAGAUCCAUACAACGACGUCUUUAUUGGUGCGGGCGUGCUUCAGUAUGGAGGCUUUGCCGUCUGCCAGGUGCCUCCUGGCACUUUCGCUUAAGAGCUAAUCCUUAUGCAACCAUUGAUCAAGAAGAUUCUCAAAGGGGAAGUCGAGUCAGCCCCGGCAACGUUUCGACUAGGUACAAUGGAAAGACAUGAUGUAGGAAGGUCACUGCGACCUGUUGGGAAGAUAAGUCGUAGGAAGCACUCCUGCGUUGACACGACUUGUUGUUCCUCCUCGCGUCGUCCAGAGUACGUCAUAUCGCAAAUGAUAAGAUAAGAUCAUGACUUCCGGAUUUAAUAUGUCCGCCCCUUCAUUCU